GAUUUUGCUUAUGGAAUUCAUCUUAUAGGCGAAGUCUAUUUAGAUUGUUAGGCUGAUGUCUUAUUAAAAUGGGUGUGUAGCAACUUUGUACACUUCUAGAACUACCCACUCCCCAGCAUGCUUUGCAUGUCCAAUAUGGAGGAACUGACAGUGGAGGUCCGUGGCUCCAACGGGGCUUAUUACAAGGGGUUUGUCAAAGAUAUCCACGAUGAUUCACUCACCAUCACCUUUGAGAACAAUUGGCAGCCAGAGAGAAAAGUCCCCUUCAGUGAUGUCAGGAUGCCCCCUCCAGCUGACGGUAAGAAGGACAUCGGCGAGGGAGAGGAGGUGGAGAUCUUCUCACGGGCCAAUGAGCAAGAGCCGUGUGGUUGGUGGCUGGCUAAAGUCCGCAUGAUGAAAGGCGACUUCUACGUGAUCGAGUACGCCGCCUGUGACGCCACCUACAAUGAGAUUGUGACGUUCGAACGCCUCCGGCCCGUGAACGUCAACAAGCCCAUCUCCAAGAGCUCCUUCCACAGGUGCACCGUGGCGGUCCCGGACGACCUCAAAGAAGCGUGUCAGAAUGAACAGGCCCACAAAGACUUCAAGAAGGCUGUGGAAGCCACGCGCAUCGUCUACUGCCCGAAGACGGGCAACCUGGUCAUCCUGUCCAUGAACGACACGACGGUGAAGCGCGUGUCCCUGCUCAGCGACAUGCACCUGAGGAGCAUCCGCACCAAGCUGCUGCUCGUGUCCCGCAACGAGGAGGCCACCAAGCACCUGGAGAGUACCAAGCAGCUGGCGUCGGCCUCCCAGGAAGAGUUCACCGUCAGGGUGGACCUGAUGGGCCUGGCCAUCGGUAGCCAUGGCAACAACAUCCAACAGGCCCGGAAGGUUCCUGGCGUCACCGCCAUCGAACUGGACGAGGAGACAGGCACCUUCAGGAUCUACGGAGAGAAUGUAGAAGCGGUUCAGAAGGCCAGGAACUACCUGGAGUUUCUGGAAGAUUCUGUCCAGAUUCCAAGGAACUUGGUUGGCAAGGUGAUCGGUAAGAACGGGAAGGUGAUCCAGGAGAUCGUGGACAAGUCUGGAGUCGUGAGGGUCCGCAUAGAAGGAGACAACGACAUCAAGCAACCUCGCGAAGAAACGCAGGGAACGGUCCCCUUCACCUUUGUGGGCACGAAGGAGAGCAUCGGCAACGUGCAGGUCCUCCUGGAGUACCACGUCUCCUACCUCAACGAGGUGGAGCAGCUGCGUCUGGAGCGCCUGAUGAUCGACGAGCAGCUCCGUCAGAUCGGGGCUCCCGGCCACAGGCCCGCCCCCGGACGCCCCGCCCCGGACCGCGACCACCGCGACGACGGCCCCAAAGACGCCCCCUCCUCCUCCUCCUCCGCCCUGCACACCAGCCGCUCCUACACCGGCCGGGGCCGGGGGCGCAGGGGGCCCAACCACCCCUCGGGAUACGGCACCAACUCGGAGCAGUCAAAGACGGAGUCCGAGACGGACUCGGAGCGGAAGGACGAGCUGAGCGACUGGUCCCUGGCCGGGGAGGACCAGGAGAGAGGCCAGAGGGCCCAGAGAGACAGCCGGAGGAGGCCCGGGCCUGGGAGGGGCCGGGGAGGGCCUGGGGGCCGCGGGCGAGGGGCCGGGAGAGGGGCCCCCAACGCCAGUAACCAUGCAGUGAGGGACCCGGAUGGGAACCCGUACAGCGUGCUGGACAACACCGAGACUGACCAGACGGCCGACACGGACGCCAGCGACUCCCAGCUCAACACCAACCGCCGUCGCCGCUCCCGCCGCAGGCGCACAGACGAGGACGCCGCCCUCAUCGACGGCAUGAGCGAAUCGGACAACGCCUCCCUCAGCGAGAAUGGCCUCGACGAGUCCGAGGUCAAACCCCAACGGCUUAACCGCAGCCGGCGCCGCAACGUCCGCCCUCCGGAGGAGCGGCAGCCAGUUACAGUAGCAGACUACAUAUCCCGGGCUGAGUCUCAGAGUAGACAGAGGAACGUCAAGGAUCUGAAGAAGAAUAAGAAAGAACUGGGCCAGGUGGAGUUAAUCGCCGAGCAAGGCCCAUCCCCAGCAACCACCAAUGGCGCCGGCAACGCCCACAGCCACACCAGUGGCGAUCCGUCCGGCAGGGCACCCAAGUCUUCCACAGAGAGGCCCACCAAAGCCUCCAAACAGGAGGAUGUCAACCCACAACCGGUCCUGAAUGGUGUCUCCUAAUCCCCCUCCCUCACCACACUCCAGUCCCCCCUCAGCUCUCCCAACUCAUCAAUUGUACUAAGUUUAUACAAUAGUUCUUUGUACAAGCUUGCCAAAGAUAGACACAUAUGGACUUCCAGAUUCUCUACUGCACUUUUCAGAUCCCUGGUCUUGGGACUACCUGGAAGGGGGGUUGAGUAAAUAGAAACAGGAAACUGACGCUGGGAUUAGAUCGAACACGUGUCUGUAGUGAUGAUGUAGUGGCUGUUGUGUUCCGGUACAAUCACAAAGUGGCUUUGGGCCGAACCACUUGGUGAUAGGUUCUCUUCCUGGGGGAGUUCACCUCUAUUUUCAGAUUCAGUAAAUUGUUGGUACAGCGUUAACUACCACUGUGUUGGAUCAAAUCCCAGACAAGUAUGUUUCACGUACAAUAUCAAUGUUGUGCCUUGAGAGUAAAUUCAACGUGAAGUUGCUUGACUGUAGAGAGAGUUAAGUAACUUGUGUGGCAACGACAGGAAGAAACCAGUUAUCCUAACAUCUGUUCAGGACUUAGCUGCUUUUUUGUUACGUUUUAAUAUGCAACCACAUCUUCAUAUGAGAAAACGUGUAGGAAAUGCAGUCUGAAAUAGAGUAUGAGAAACAAACAAAAGGUUUUGCACUGAAUUGUACUUUCUUUACCAUAAGAAUGUUAGUCUGUAAACUGGUCUGUUGAUGUUUUUGUCCACUUAUAUGCUGAACUCAACUCUCAGAGAACUCAUUUGGUUUUAUUUAUUUUUCAAAAACUGUACAGUAUUUAAAAAAAAGAAAAAAAUCGAAUUCUUGACACUAAAACUGGCCUAGAUGUAUUUUCACACAGGUGGCAAUUUGGACUACUGAGAAAACAAUCUCCAGAUUUUGUUUGGUCAGCUGCGUUUGUCUGUUUUUUUAAUGAUCAUUCUGGUUGUUUGAUGUGCAAUAUGUUUUGUAUGCAGGUAGUUCUUAAAUAAAACCUGAUCUUUCAUCUGGA